AUGUCUGACUCCUCGUCAUCCGAAAAUGAGGAGGUACAUGAGACUAUCCGUACCAAGAAGUUGAUCAAGAAAAUGUCUGGUAAAGAUGAUGCAGAACUUGAGGAAGAGGACGAAUCGCAGUACGAUAAGACAUUCAGUCAAUUGGGAAUUAAUGAGUCGCUGUGUGAAGCUUGCGAUCGUCUAGGCUGGAGCAAACCUUCUAAAAUUCAGGUUAAAGCUAUUCCUGCUGCUUUAGAAGGUCGGGAUAUCAUUGGUUUAGCCGAAACUGGAUCUGGAAAGACAGGAGCCUUUGCUUUGCCUGUACUUCAAUCAUUGUUAGAUAAUCCUCAGAAAUUGUACUGCUUAGUGGUUACACCUACAAGAGAAUUGGCUUAUCAAAUUGGCCAGCAGUUCGAAGCUCUUGGAGCUGGUAUAGGAUUAUUAGUUGCUGUUAUUGUUGGAGGUAUGGAUAUGGUUACUCAAGCCAUUGCUCUCGGUAAACGUCCACAUAUAAUCGUUGCGACUCCUGGACGUCUUGUGGAUCAUCUUGAGAAUACCAAAGGUUUCAACUUAAGAGCCUUGAAGUACUUGAUUAUGGAUGAAGCUGAUAGAAUUUUGAAUAUGGACUUCGAAACCGAAAUGGAUACAAUUUUGAAAAACAUUCCUAAAGAAAGAAAUACAUUUUUGUUCUCCGCUACAAUGACGAAGAAGGUUGCAAAACUAGAGCGUGCUUCAUUGAGAAAUCCUGUUAGAGUUGAAAUUUGUUCAAGAUAUAAGACCGUUGAUAAGUUGAAGCAAUACUACAUGUUCAUUCCCCAAAAAUGGAAAGAAACUUAUCUUGUGUAUAUUCUCAAUGAGCUUUCCGGCAGUACGAGUAUCAUUUUCUGUGCAACUUGUCAAUCAAGCAUGGAGAUUUCUUUAAUGUUAAGACAGUUAGGUAUGCACGCUGUUCCUCUUCAUGGUCAGAUGGGACAAGAAACGCGUUUGGGUUCUUUGAAUAAAUUCAAAUCAAAAGCGCAUAAUAUUCUUGUAUGUACGGAUGUAGCUGCUAGAGGUCUUGAUAUUCCUCAUGUCGAUUGUGUUAUCAAUUAUGAUGUACCAACUGGUUCUAAAGAUUAUGUGCACAGGGUUGGACGUACUGCCCGUGCUGGUAGAUCAGGAAUUUCCAUUACAAUGGUGACGCAGUACGACGUUGAAGCUUAUCAAAAAAUUGAGAAUCAUAUUGGAAAAAAAUUGGACCAGUAUCCUUCUGUUGAAAGUGAGGUUAUGGUGUUAGUUGAAAGAACUCAGGAAGCAUUAGAAGUUGCCAAAAAUGAAGCCAAAGAUUUGAACCAUAAGGGAAAGAAAAGGAUGUUUGACGACGACGAUUCAGCGGAAGUCCCUAAGAAAUUCAGCAAAACCAUCAGAAACAGCGAUUCUAGUAAAGGUGGUAGAGACGGUGGUAGAGGUGGCGGCAGAGGCGGCGGCAGAGGUGGUGGAAGAGGUGGUGGAAGAGGUAGAGGAGGACGAGGAGGGAGAGGGAAGUUUUAA